AUGUCGGCCCCUCCAUCACCGAAGCCCUCCUUUGAGUCCGAUGACCGUCCCGAUUCUCGGGCAAGCAUGGGCCAUUCAUCGGUUACCCAGAGCCCCAGCGGAAUUUCAUUCGGAGAGCAGCCGCGGGCGCGCAGUCCGCGUCGAAAAUCGAUACAGUUCAAUGUUGGUGCGGCGGAGGCGCAACUUCCUUCUCGAUCGUUGAGUUUUAAGGAUAAGCGACGAUCGCAGGGUGAUGGUGUGCCGAUCAGAGAUACUGGAGUGGAGAGGGAACAGAGGCCGUUGUCUGUUAGUCGGGGGUUAUCUCCGCCGCCGCCGAAGACUUAUGAGCGCGGUGUCUCGUUUGAUACCUUUGAUAACCGGGAUGCGGCGGAUUUCUCGUUGACUAUGAAUUACAAGCAUAAAGGGUACCAAAGUACACGACGGAGCCGGACAUUUUUGUGCGGAACUGAUCAAAAUGAUUAUUCUGAGUUUGCGCUAGAAUGGCUACUGGAUGAGCUGGUCGAUGAUGGGGACGAGAUUGUCUGUCUUCGUGCCGUGGAAAAGGAUUCGCGCAUGGCGAGCGAUGCGGCCAUUGAGGCUAGAAACUACCACCAGGAAGCCGAGCGACUGUUCGAGCAAGUUAUUCAGAAGAAUAGCCAGGACGAGAAGGCGAUCAGUUUGGUUCUGGAACUGGCUGUGGGUAAAGUGGAAGAUAUCAUUCAGAGGAUGAUCCGCAUAUAUGAGCCUGCUAUGCUGGUUGUUGGAACUCGCGGUCGCAACUUGAAGGGCGUUCACAGUCUACUUCCCGGAUCCGUAUCCAAGUACUGUCUUCAGCAGUCGCCAAUCCCGGUCAUUGUCGUGCGCCCAUCACCGAAGCGCGAGAAGAAAAAGAAGAAACGCCGCGCAGACCCCACCCGUCGAAGCUAUAAUCAUAUCCUGGAAAUGAGCGAGCAGCGAGGAGGCCGCAUCUUCGAUACCAGUUCUAGCACGGAGAGCAGUGCCUCGAGGCUGCCUGAUGAGGAGGCUGCUGUUGCAGAGGCACUAGGUCUUCCUGCGACUUAUUCUCACGGUAACUCGCGAAGCUCUCUGUCCGUCUCUGACCGUAGCAGUCUCAGUCAUGAAGAUCCUGACCCAUCGCCGGUUCCAUAUUCUCUUGACUCUGUCAUUAUGAAGAGCCCCGUGAACGGAAGCCCCGCUAGCUCGGAGGAGAGUGUUGUUGCUACCGAGGAGACGAAGAGAUCGCCCUCACCUUAUCCACGAGGUGAAACACCUUCCCCUAGCCCCGACCAGGAUCAGAGUUCAAGUUCAUCAGACGAACCCCCUUCGACGGAGACAGAGAAGGGGUUCCCAACAACCGACACCACAGCUGGUGAAUCACCAGAGUUCAAUCCCCGAGUCUCAAUUCCCGUCAUUGAAGUGUCCGACAACCACGAACCAGACACUUCACCAACCACGGAGUAA